AUGAGUGACACCCUCGCCGAUCUCUACGCUAUUCCCUCACCCGAGCAACUUGAUAUUCGCAAAGCCAGCAUCAUUAGCACAGACAGCUACACAGAUGAACGACUUGACUUCUGCCCCGUAGGCUUGAAGCAGAAAGAGCCCAAUUUUGGACUGCUCUUUGACAUCGACGGAGUUCUGUUACGUGGUGCUACUCCAAUACCGGAGGCUCUUUUAGCCAUGGACCUACUGAAGGGACGCAACGGUAAACUUCGAGUGCCGAUCGCUUUCGUGACGAACGCCUGUGGAAACGCUCAAGCGAAAGUGGAUCAACUCUCCUCCAUUUUCAACAUUGAACUGAAGCCAGAGCAAGUGAUAUUCGCCCCGAGCCCCUUCCAGAGUUUCACCCACUGGCACGACAUGCGGGUGCUGGUGGUGGGCCAGGGGGACAUGAAGAAGAUCGCGGAGGAUCUCGGCUUCAAGCACGUCUACACUAUGGAACAGGUUGCCGAGGCCUGGCCUCUCCUCGAUAUGGUGAACCACGAGAACCGUAAGAUUGUGGUAUGGCUCACCGAUCCCAUUCUAAUGUUGUUCACUAUUGUAUUAAUGGGCGAACCGGUUCAAUGGGAGAUGUACUUGCAAUUGCUCGUUGACCUACUAAUGACGAAUGGAAAGCCGGAUCACAAACCUGAAGCCAGUCCAAAGAACCAUCUGCCUGUCUUGGCUUGCAACAUGGAUCUCCUGUACAUGGGUCAGGCCUGCAUGCCCAGCAAAUUCCUUACUACCAAAGUUUCGACUUUAAGAUUUGGACACGGCGCCUUUCUCGUCUGUUUGGAGUCACUGUACGAACGAGUAUCCGGCUAUCCCCUGAAGUACACGGCCCUGGUUGGCAAACCGAGUGAAAUCACCUACCGAUUCUCGGAGCACAUACUGAGCAAAGUUGCCAAGCGCAUGGGCAUCUCGCGGCCCCUUAGGAAAAUCUACUUCUUUGGAGACAAUCCGGAGGUGGACAUACUGGGUGCCAACCUGUACAAUAUGUACCUGCGCCGCUACCGCCGUCUGUCUGGUGGACGGGAUGUUUCGGCGCCCGAGCAGAGUCAGUUGCACAUGAAAGCUGCCGUUGCCUCCUCUCGCACUGUUCCGGCCGACGCCACCUUCCUACCGCAAACCUGUCGCGGUGUUGAAGCGAUUCUCGUGCAGACAGGCGUUUACAAGCCCGGUGAUCGUCAGGCGAUACGUUCAAAGCCGUUGCACUGUCAUCGUGACUUCAUGGGCGCAGUUGACCUCAUUCUGCCGACCUUCGAGGCGGCUAAUGUGCUGGAAGGGAUUAAACUCCUCCUUGUAGAGGAGUCCUUUGAUCCAAAGUUGCCCUGA